AUGUAUUCAGAAAAGCGAAGAAGCUUUGAUGACGGAAAACAUCAUUCGAAACAUCAAAAAACAACUAAUACGUCCUUUUCUUUUUUGGAUUAUAAACAUAUUUUGGAAAAAGUAUUUUUCAAUGAAGAAUUAGUAGAAGAUGUUAAUGAUCUGUGGUUAUUUGUUAAAAAGUAUGAAUCAUUCACUACGAAAAAAACAAUCACUGAUAAUUCCGAUAAAUCCAGCCAAAAUUCUAAUCUCAAAAUUCCAGAAAUAUUUAAUAAAAUGGAUUUAAUUAAUUUAAAAUUGUAUUACUCUGAUGAAGAAUUUGCGUCAAGGUUACCUACAUAUGAUCAAGAAAAAGUUUAUAAAAAGAGACCAUUAACCAAAGAAGAUAUAUCUAUGUUUCGUCAAUUAGUUCUUAUGUAUAUGGAUUUUAAACAAAAAGAAAAGUUCAAUAAGUUAAGAAAACUCAGAGAAGCUCAACAAAAUUUACCUGUUUAUCAAUUCAAGUUAGCUAAUAAUAAUUAAUAUAAAAUCAAUAUUAUUCUAAUACAAUAAAUAUGUUUGUUUUAGAGACCAAAUCAUUGAAGCAGUAAAACAACAUAGAGUUGUAAUUAUUGCUGGAGAUACUGGAUGUGGAAAAUCAACACAAAUUCCUCAAUACUUGGCGAAUGCCGGUUUUAAGCGAAUAGGUAUAUUAUUUACAAUAUUUAUUUUAUAGCUAAAAAUUCAUAAUUAUUCCUGAUACAAAUAAUAUUUUAUAGCUUGUACCCAACCACGUCGUAUUGCAUGUAUAUCAUUGUCAAAGAGAGUGGCUUAUGAAUCUUUAUCAAUCCAUAAUAAUGAUGUAGGUUAUCAAAUCCGAUUUGAAAAAACUGUAAAUAAAGACACAAAAAUUCUAUUUUUAACUGAAGGAUUAUUAUUAAGACAGGUUAAUCAUAUUUAUUUUACUAUAUUAUUGAGAUAAAAAUUGUAUAAUGAAUUGUUAUUUAAUGUUAAUUUGUGCAGAACAUAUAAAUAAAGCUUAAUAUAUUUAGGUUUGCGGAGAAGAUUUACUAUCUCAAUAUGAUGUUAUUGUUUUGGAUGAAAUACAUGAACGGCAUUUACAUGGAGACUUUUUGUUGGGCGUUAUGAAAUGUUUGUUAUUCCAAAGACCUGAUGUUAAACUAGUUCUUAUGUCUGCUACUAUUAAUGUAGAGUUAUUUAGUGAAUAUUUUUCUCCAUUAGCCAAAUUAAUACAGGUAGAUUUUUGGAUUAUAGUUUAUUAUUAUAAUAUAUUUUUUCAUUACUAAAAUAUGUCAAUCUAUUUAGGUACCUGGUCGUUUAUAUCCCAUUAACUUAGAAUACCAUCCAAUUGUUAGUGAAAUGAAAGUACUCGGUAAAAAAUCGGAACGUUUUGAUGCAUCACCGUUUGUUAAAAUUAUGCAUAUGAUCGAUAAAAAAUAUCCCAAGCAUGAAAGAGGUGAUGUACUCAUGUUUUUAAGUGGUAUGGCAGAAAUUACAGCUGUAGUGGAUGCUGCUAGAAUUUAUUGUGAAAAAGUCGAUUCAUGGAUUAUACUUCCUUUACACAGCUCAAUGUCAUUGACAGAACAAGACAAGGUAUUUUUAAUGAGCAUUAUACAUAAAUAUGCUUAAAUACAUAUUACAUUACAUAUUUAAUGUCUACUAAUAUUACUGGUUUGGUUUUAUUUAGGUUUUUGAUUAUGCACCAGAAGGUUCGAGAAAGUGCAUUGUGUCUACUAACAUAGCAGAGACUUCCAUCACUAUAGAUGGUAUUCGGUUUGUUGUUGAUUCUGGUAAAGUAAAAGAAAUGAGCUAUGAUUCACAAAGUAAAGUUCAAAGACUCAAAGAGUUCUGGGUGAGCAAAGCUAGUGCUGAUCAACGCAAAGGGAGAGCUGGUACAUUCAUUUGUGUUGCAAUGUUAUUAUCAACAUCAUAUUUUUUCAUAGUAUAUAUAUCAAAUUUCACUCAGGUCGUACUGGUCCAGGAGUUUGCUAUCGUUUAUAUUCAGAAGAUGAAUUUGAAUCUAUGGCCGAGUACAGUACACCAGAGUUACAAAAGGUACCCCUCGAUGCAUUGUUACUUCAAAUGGUGUCCAUGGGACUGCCCAAUGCUCGUCUGUUUCCAUUCAUUGAACCCCCGCAAGCAGAAAAUGUAGAAAACGCUAUAGAAUCGUUGAAACAACAUGUGAGUUUAAAAAUAUUCUGUAUGUGUUUAGAUUAAACACUUUGACUGAGAAUUCCCAGUUAUUUAUACUGAAUAUCAAGUUUGAAGAUUAUUCAGUGGUGUACUGUUUGCAAGCUUUUUACCUGUUUAUUACUGAUUUUAACUUCUUAAAAUUCUCCUAAAAAAAUUAAUUUAGAUUGUUUCAAUUUGUUGCAACUAUGAUUUGUUUAAUUUAAAUUUAUGUUUAUUUUUUUUAAAAUUAUUUUGUAUAACAUGUUAAUACAUUAAUUGUUGGAUUCAGUUUUUGGUUACAGAAAAUACAAGUCUUCACUAUUUAAUUCAAAUUCAAUAUUGUAUUAUAUUUCCAAUCAUUACUAUCAAAUUAAUACUUAAAUAAAGUUUAUGUAGCUAUUAAAUUAUAAUACUUUCUAGUAUCUAGUUCAAAUACAUUAAUAAUUGACAUACAUAUUAUAAUUUUAGGGAGCAUUGACUAAAGAAGAAAAACUGACUCCUAUUGGGAAGAUGUUGUCACAACUACCAGUCGACAUACCGCUUGGAAAAAUGUUAAUAAUGGGAUCUUUGUUUGAUCAAUUAGAACCUGUUUUAUCAUUAGCUUGUGUACUAUCAGUUCAAUCGCCUUUUACUAAUAAAGCUUACAAAGACCCUGAAUGUGAGGUUAGUCAUUAGAUAUUCAUUUGUCUAUACAAAUAUUAGAAAAUAAUACAUGGAUAUAGGUCAUUUUGUUUAUAGUUAAAUUUUUAUGAAAUUUGUAAAAAAGAAAUUAAUUUUACAAUCACUAUAAAAUUUUACACAAAGUUCAUUAUAAGUUGUACUUAGCGGAAAAAAAAAUAUGAUUGUAAUGUCUGAAUUUUUUUUAUAAGUCUUUUAAAAAUGCAUUAUGAAAUAUUUUUUUGAACAAUUGUAGUCUAUUUUGAAGUUAAAAAAUGAUCAAGAAUUGUUUUUUUUAUCUACAAUUAUUUAUUAUUGUGUACAGUAUAUGAACUAAAUUUCUCUAAAAAUUAUACCUUUCAACUUCUCAUAUACAAUAGUGUCUAUGAGCCAUGUCUGCUAUAUUUUCCCCUUGCUAUUGUGUCCUUUAAAUAUAAACUUAAAUAAUAAUACUUUGUUUAUUUAGAGAGCAAGGAUGGAUUUAGAAUCUGAUCACGGUGAUCCUAUAAUUCUACUUAAUGCAUUUAAACAAUGGCUAGAGUUGAAGAGUGGCGGUCAAAAUACUAAUACACGACAAUGGUGUAAAAGACGAGGUUUUGAGGAACAGCGUUUUUAUGAAAUGACUAAAUUACGACGGCAGUUUAAAGAUUUAUUAGAUGUAAAUUUGAUAUUGUUAUUUAUUUAUCGGAAAAUUAAAUUCAAAUUUCUAUAAAUGUCAUAUUUUCAGGAAUGUGGUUUAGUUAAAAAUGAAGAAAAAAAUAUGGAUGACAUGACUAGUGCAGAAAGAGCCCUUAGGUAUGGUGAACUGAAAUUAUUACGGGAUAUGAAAAAAACUCACAAAGAAGAAGAUUCAAGAAAGAGAAAAGUAUUGAAGAAAGAUAUGUGGGAAAUUGAAGAUAAUUUAGAUGCUGAAGACAAUUCAGUCGAUAUAAGAGAUGUAGAUUUUAGACUGAGACACAAUCAACGACAAGUUAAAGUAAAUUUUUACAUAUUUUGAUUACCUACUUAAUAAAAUUUGAAGAAAUAAAAGCAGAGUUUAUAUAUAUAUAUAUAUUUUUAGCAACUGUUGAAAGGAUCUACUGCAAUAAGUUAUAAAGACUUAAUGAUGUUAAAAAUAAUUUUAAGUAGUGGAUUAUAUCCUCAUAUAGCGAUUGCUGACGAGUUUAAUUCGUGUAAGGUAAGAAUAAUAUAUUUAUAAUAAUAUUACUAUUUACUAUUAUUAAUAUAUUUAUACAAAAUCUUUUAUAAAUAAGAAGCAUUUUUUAUAUAUUAAUAUUGUUUUAUUUAAAACAACUUCAUAUAAGUUCUUUUAUAAAUCAGUUUAUAUUUUUUAAGUUGUAGAUAUAAUAUGUUUGUUUAUUAACCACAAAAUUUCUAUUAAUACAUUUACAUUUAUAUUUGAUUAAUUGUCUGUAGACUACAAAGGAACAUUUAUUUCAUACUGAAGGUAAACCAUUUGUGUCUCUCCAUCCUAUGAGUUAUUUUGGUAAUCAUUCGGAUGUACUUCAGCUCACUGAAUCUGAAAUAAUCUACGUUCCUGAAUUUAAAGGAAAAAACUCUGUUAGCGCCAAGCAUCAAAUAUUAAUAUAUAUGUAAGUAUUAUAAUUAAAAUAAUAAUGGUCUUUCUCAAGUUAACAAAAUAUUUAAUUUUAUAAGGUUUAUAUAUUUAUUAUGUUGCUAAUUAAUUUAACGAAAUAAUAAAAUAAUACCAUUAAUAUCUACAUUAAAUUAAUAAUAAUAAAAAUUUAGGAAAGUGCUUCUCAAUACAUAUUUUCUAGCAUACUUCCUAGAAUGGACCCAUUGUUCUGGUAUGGUAUAAUAAAUGAAUGAUAUUUAAAACUACUAUUUGGUUAGGCUACUCAAAAGUUCAAUAGUAUAUUUUUAUAUUUCAUAAAAAAAAAAGUCUGGUACACACUGAAUUCUGAAAAGCCCUCUUUGUUCUAUAGUCUAUUCAAAGUAUCAUAUAAUUAUAUUAUACGGUUAGUUAAUUAAUAGAAACCGUAUAGCGUUACAAAAAAAGAAACAAUUUUUUUAUUAUUAUACAUUAAAAUGUAUUUAUUAGGUACUAGAUAACAUUGGAAUGGUAUUACACGCCCGUUAUUUGACGUUAAACAUUAUGAAAAACUAAAAUAAAAAUAAUUUAUAUUGUACCUAUUACAAGAGCACGCAAUUUAAUGGUCAUAAUAAAUGUAGUUUUGGGCGUGGUAUUUAUUAUUAUUUUUGUCAAGAAAUUUGAAUAAAACUAUAGACUGUGUAUUAAACAAUACAUAAUUUAAAGUUGUUGAAUAUUAUUAUAAUACUUUCUAUUAUUAUUUUUUAAAACUAAUCUAUUCAUCAUUUUUUGCAAAAUGUAAAUGAACUUUUUGGUUUAAAUGGUUUAAAUAUUCAUAAAAAUAAAAGAUGCGAGAGUUUUAAAAUUGCAUUCUAAAUCCUACGUAUUAUAAUAAACAUAAUAAUAUCUUAAACAAUAAAAAAAUAUAGGUAUUUAAUAUUUAUUUAAAUAUAUCCACUACAAAUUCAAAAUCAAGAUAACAACUUUUAUAUUUAGAUAUUAAGUUUAAAAUGUAUUCAAUUUUUCUAACGAAAAUAUUGAAUGUUGUAUUACAGUAUUUUGUUAUCCCCUAACAUAUUAGGAGGCAAUAAAUAAGGAAAACGUUAUUUUAAACCAAAAACAAAAUGCUUUUAUUUUUAUUUUGGUUGUUGUAAUUUUUGUAGACUUAUCAUUUACCCAUAUGUUCAUAGCACACCAUUAUAUGACAUAGUAUGUAAAGAUACAAACACUUUGUUCAAUUAAGUAAUUUGAGUACAAAAUUUAAUACAAAAAAGAUAAAAGAAUUUAAUAUUUCAGCCAUAUUUAUUAGGCAAUAUUUCAUUAUUAGGUAAAUAUUAUUUUAAUUAUAAUAAUUCUUAUUAUAAUUAUUAUAUUAUUUGAAUUUUAAGUUCAAACGAAAAUUUAAAAUAAAACAAGAAAUAUGUGUAUUUGUGUAAUAUAUUUAGAUGUCAAAUGUUUUACAUGCAAUGAAUGGUUUGUAUGCAUUUUUUUUUCCAGGGGAAGACUUUACCUAGCUGUUUUUAUGGCUCUCUGUGUCAUUUUAUUGUAAAAAUGUUAUUUUCGCCAAAUUUUAUCUUUAUAUAUUUUUAUUAAUGUUUAACAAUGUUUUGAAUCUUUAUCUCGAUUAUACGGAAACUAGAAUUCGUCUUUACCCAUAGUUAUUUGCGAUUCAAACAAAAACCAAUAAUAUUUUAUAGAUUUAUUCAUUUUUAUUUUAAACAAUAUUAUAAAGUGCUCUCCAUUAAAUAAAAUUAACAUAAUUUUAUAAUCGAUAUGUAAAAUAUUAAAUUUUAAGUUUUAAAUAUUAAUACAUCUUAAUUUUCUAGUUAUUUCAUUAAAUACAUUUUAUGUAUAACUGGUUCCUGCAAUUGACUAAUAUAAUAUUUUCUAUUUCUUGAAGUUGAAUGAAAUUAAUAUACUCAUGUUUUUUUAAAUUUAAAGUAGGAAAGUGAGAAACUAACAUGAAUGAUAUCCAGAGAAAUUUAACUGUCUAAAUAUUAAAUAAUAAUAGUUUUUAAUACUUACUCAAUAGCAGUGGAGCAUGUUUCAAACUCUAAGUAAAGUGUUCAAAAAUUACCCACCCACACCUCCCUCCCCCAUUUUCUUUACAUAAAUAUAUACAAUGAUUACUCAGUUGUAUUAGAAACAUGUCGUUCACCACGCUAUUGCCUAAUUAUAAAUAUAGUAAAUUGAUAAAUAUAAUUUUUAUUAUGUUUCAGGUCACUUUUAGAAACUACCAAAGCUUAUAUUAUGAACUCUUUACGAAUGCCAGGAGCACAGACUCUUCUCUUGUUUAGCAGAAACAUUUGUACCAAUGAAGAUUUCUCUCAGUUAGUAUUAAUGUAAUUAAAAUAAUCGUGCUAUAAAUAGCUAUGUUAAUUGGUUUUUUCGGAUUCUAAAAUUUUAUUUUAUUGAGUCAAGAAUGAAUUGCCUCAGCUAAAACAUUCGGUCGGGCUGGUGGUUUUGAAGUUCCAGCCCUUUGUGGCCACCCGUUUGAUUAUUAUAGUUUAUGUGGUCUGCGAAGGAGCGUGGGGAUUUCCUGCCCAUCAUCUUUCAGGCCCUGUCUCAAAAGCGGUUAGCAAGAACUCUAUAAGGCUUAGAACAAGAUGAAAACAUCGUCUUCAUAAAUGUAUUUACUCAAAAUUAUGGAAUUUAGUAUUUUAAACAUCCAAGGUCUGCAAUAUUUGCAGGCAUAGAGGUGUAAAUAUUUUCGAGGGCCUCAUUUGGUCUUUUUACAUAAUAAUCUAACAACAAGUGGUUUCUGAAUAACAUGUUUCCUUUUUAAAUGCAUAUUGUCACUGCUGUUGAAAUCGUAUAAAUUAAAUUUCGCAGUUAUUGAAGUGCUGUACGGUGUAAGUUUUCUAUAUAGUCUGUUUGACGUAUACAGAAACAGUAAUAUAUAAUAAUACGAGCAUAAUAUUAUGUCGCAUUUUUGAACGUGAAAUGCAAUUGCGUCAUCAACAAAAAAAAUGUUUUAAUUUUACGGUAAAUUCCAAAUGGCUAUAAUUUGAAAACAAAGCCCGUCCGGAAAAUUACUUCGAAACUCGUAGUACAAGGGCAAAAAAUCGCGAGAUCCACGGCAAACUAAAUUUGCCCAUUUUUUCCGCUUUAAAAUUAUUAUUAUUUUUACUUUUUUUUUUUUAGAAUUAUAUGCGAUUCAUGGCUGCAAUUAGAAUUUCCUCUGCCCGACGCCGCUCAAACUCUAAUACUCAAAGCUUCGAAACUACGUAACACUUGGGACAAUCUUUUGAAACUCAAACUCGAAGGUACUUAUUAUGUUUUUAUUAUAUAUAUAUUUUGUAACGGUAAUAAUAAUAACUUUUUGACCCAUUUUCUCGUUCUAAUUUUAUACGACGUAUUUGUUUAUGGCGGUUUUUUAGAUUCUGAGCGGAGUGAGUUUAUUUUUUUUUUUUUAACCAUGGACAACUUUUCUACCAGCAAUUUUCCUCCGAUUUUCAAUUAUAGCACGGAUGUACAGAUAUACAUUAAAUUUCCCAUCUAUUUUCCCGACUUUUCACUUUUGCAACAGUGACGCGACUAGAACUUGUAAUGCUAGUGGCAAAAUAUUGCAUUGGUUCGGGGCCGAUGAGCAAAACAAAAAAAAAAGAAGGAAGCCUGUCCAAUAAUGCCCUUGGUCCGGGGUCCCUAUACACGUGAGUGGCCUGUUGUCCAACUUGUCCACCCACAGUAUUUCCGCCAUUGCAGGGCCCAUUCAUCGUGCGAAAUAUGUCCGUAUCUUUUUUUUUUUUUUUUUCUGUCUAUUAUUGUUUUUCUCCUUCAGAAAACAGUAACCGAAGAGCGGAACGCAAACUCGCCCAGGAGAUGGUGGAAUUCAUGAACGCCGAUAUCGGAUACACCGUGAAGAGACUGUUGGCCGCCGACCAAAAGGUCAUGUACGUCGGACCGUCGGGCGAACCGAUACGGUUCGCGGGUCCCAACCCGUUCUGCGACGACGACGGCUGGCAGGUGUGCGAGGACGAUAAAUACGGCGGCCUGAGGCUAUCGCCGUAUUUGACUUACGAUUGGUGAGCAUGAAUUACCGUACUCCGGUGUGUAACACCGUACACGGUGCACGUUUGUUUACCGCGGCCAUUAUCUCACGCGCGCGGCCGUCUCUUUCAGCUUAACGGGCCAGAGUCGAGUGGCCGUCGGCGAACCGUGGACCUGUCCCUCGUGUAACGGCUCCGUAGCGGCGACGAGUGCUCUCGAAAAACUGCAACACCGGCAAGCGUGCGGCUCUCAAACCACAUCCGGCACCGCCGAAGGUACGUUGUGUACGUAUUAUAUCGCAGUGCGAGAUACCGAGGGGCGGUUUUUUUUUUUUUUUUUUUUGUUUUUUCGUUUCCAUAAUAUUCUUCGCAACUCCGACAGCGACAACGCCUGUUAUAAACAGGUAUCGGCCCGUUGUGGGCGCGGAGGCGAUAACCCGGGACGGGUAGGCGGAGUCUUGAUUAUUACAGUAUAAUGCGUUAUGCGCAUUUUCGAAAAUGUCCAAUAUUAUUAACAUUUUACAUUAUACACUUGCAGUGUAACAAAUUGAACGCGAGUUGCAAUUUCAUUUUUAUUUUUUCCCGAAUCCGUCGACAACUUUUCCUGCUAAAUCACAAUAAACAUACAUGAUCCGGGUAGACGAUUCUCAUCGAGCGGCUGUGGUGGUCGGUACCACCAACCUACGCCAUUGUACAAUAUUGUGACGAUAAAUUAGCGGAAUUCUAAGAUCACUGAGUAUACCCAUCGACUGGAUACCGAUCAAAGUGUAUUGAUAAAUACCAAUACACCUUGGUAAUACACCAAUAAUAAUGAGUUUUGGGAUUUUGAGCUAUUGCAUUUGGAUGCGGUUAUUUUAACUUUCGGUAAAGCUUUUUUUUUUUUUUUGGGGGGGGGGGGUGUUGUCUUGUGGGCUCCAUUGCCUAUUAUUAUUGUUAUUAUUAUUAUUCGAAAUUAAAAUCGUUACGGACGGAUCAUAUUAUCGGAUCGAGAAUUUCACCGCGUAUACCUAUACUGUAUAGUAUAAUAAUAUAACUACCUUUCGUGUUUCGUUUGUUUCCGGUAUUCCUUCAAUAAAAAAAAAAAAUAUAUAUAUACAUUGUAAAUACGAGUAGGCAUAAGUACCUAAAUUGUUAAUUCUAUUUGUAUACACGAACUCAGACGAUUGUUUAACUCUACCAACGUAUCCUCGGUGUAAAAAAAAAAUAAAUACAAUUAUAGGUAUUGUACUAUUAUACAAAGAGCAGUUAGCUGCUCGUCUGUUAGCGAAAAUCCCGAGAACUACUUGACCGAUUUCUAUGCGUUUUUCACCGUUAUUCGAAAUAAUUUCAAGGGCCUUUUAUUGUAUAAUUUUUAUCCCGGAAUUCAGCCCCCGAAGAGUGUAUUUACCCGUGCGUUUUGUCCUUAAAAUACGAAAAUCGGACAUUGUUUUCGUUUAUUUCCAGUUUCCGUUGGGGUUACACGGAGAAGAUCAGAUAUCGUGUUAUUAUUUUUCCCCGUUUUAAAACGGCCACUUUUCCACUGAUAUACUGCCCGAUACCCGUUUAAGGGGAAAGGGUAUGGUUAUUUUUUAUGUUAUUUAUGAACUUAAAGUACCUACACAUAUGCCUGAUAAAAAUGUUGGUACUUAUAGUAGUUUGAUUUAUAAAAUGAAAAUAUGUUUGAACUCGUAAACAAGUUAACAAGUAAACGGUCGGAGCACUUAAUUUUAUCAAACUAUUAUUACCCACGAGAAUCAAAACGUUCGAGAUUUGUUCAUUUUUAAUGAUAAUUAUUUCUAUAAAAUAAAAAAUGAAUAAUUGAAAUUUGACCAUAAAAAUGAUAGGCGCGGUUACUUAAAAGCCACAUCCGUGAUGAUACUAACUCUGCGCGUAUACAAAAUGUCAUUCCCUUGUCGUUAUUUGGGGUUCUGUGUAACAAAACUGAAAGAUGAAACCGUGCAAUCGCAAAAACGUAGUAAAAUUCAACCCGACGUGUAUCAGAGUGCAGUUCUCAAAACAAUUCGAAUUCCCGAGUUCAAGCUCAUUUGGAGUCGCUAUAGAAAAAAAAAUAAAACGUCCAAAAGUAGCGGAAAAAAGAUGAUAAUAUAAUAUCAGAAACAAUACAUCGUGUGCGGUAAUAGCGCAGUCUCUGUUUUCGCGGAAAAUUCGACAAAAACGUUUUAUGCAUCGGUUGUAUUUCAAGUCGUUUCCUUGACACUUUUAAUAUUCAUUUAUAAUAAUUACUAUCGGAUAUUGUUUUUUAUGCUCUACCAAAAUAUAUUCGUGUAGUCACAAAAAAAAAAAAUAAAAAAAAAAUAUACAUAAUUCUUCAAAGAUCAAUACGAAGUCCAGUAGGUAUAUUAUAAUAAUAAUAUAUUAUGCAAUGUGUUGAAUUCGUGGCGUUCGUGCCGACGACGACGACGACGACUUUGUGUAUUUAAUUAUUUAAAUAAGUAUACACCUACCUGUAUAAUGUAUAGUGUUGUUAUAUUUUUAUUUUAAUAUAUUUUAACGUGACAAACGCCGUGUAUAACUUGUAUUUAUUUUUUUCGAAACUAGAAAAAAAAAAAAUAAAAAAUAAUUUUAUUAGUAAAUUUGUAUACGUGCCAUGUCGGUGUAUACCGAUACACCUAUUGCAGCAAUGACCCGAUUAUAUGCAUUUUAAUUUAAUACGUCUCGACUAAUUACUCUUACUUGAACAAAACUAUUGUAAAUAAAUAAUUAUGAUCGGUGUACAUUUUCAUAAUAUCGACACCAGAGUGGAUAGGUUAGGCCAUAUAGGUGUGUGUUAUCGUUUGGUUUGGCCGACACGACUUGGUUUCUGUUCGAAUAGUAACAAAAACAAUAAAAAAUUUCCCAUCAAACUCAGGCACACGGAGGCACACAUAAUCCUGUCUUGCGGGCCAAUUUGGUCCGCUUCCUAACUCUUCAACGUUUUUUAUUAUCGCGUCUUCCCGUCACGUUCCCAAAGGGUCCCCCCCUCCCCCAUUGAGUUCUGUUCCGGCUCCGUCCGUAGUAGCGGGUAUUGGUUUUUCCGUGGGCGCCCAGCCCAUCAUAUCCUCCCGUCACUGUUCCUUUUUCGACGAUCCCUAAACUAUAAUAUUGUUUCCUUCAAACUCGACCGCGCGCCUCUCCGUUCUUCCUCAUUUUCAUCCGCCCGGCAAUAUAUGUUAUUAUAUUAUUAUGUUUUAUCCGAUUACUGUGGUUCAAAGGUCCGGCAAUAAAAUUCGGGAUUCGGCGGGAACCGACCACGAUUUAAACGAGUUCUGUAGCUAUGUGAAUUAUCUGCAUUUAAGCGCACCUCGUUCGGUUGUAAAUUAAUGUCCAUUACUCGUUAGUGACGUGUAUAACAAAACAGUGUACAAGUGAUGGUACUUACGCGGUAAGUACGGGUAAAAUGAAGAUCGAUAACAUUACUUUUGCUGCGGUCUUGGGACGAUAUUUUGUAGGUGCCGGAGUAAUAAACUCGAUAAUUUUUCUAUUGUACAUAUAUCUAAUAUUUAAAACGGUAUUUUAUAUUGUGAUUCUGUAACAAAGUAAAUUGAUUGUCGUUUAGGAACUGUAAUAGUUUGCGAUUAAUCCGAAGAAAUCGAAAUCAUUUAAAAAAAAAAAAAAAACACUAAAAUCGGAGGUAAUUCCAAUAAAUUUGAGCCUUCUUCUGCAAUAUAUAAUGAUUGGUUUGCAACGACUUCCACGUUUCUCUGUCGCAGGCCUUCCUCUUUAGUUCUCGGCUAUUCUUGGUCUUCUAUAAUCUGACUCGUGUAUUGUAAUCGUUAUCUUAUCCUCUGUGUUUUUUUCCAUCAACUUCCAAAAUCAGUCUUAGCAACCCUCCGUUUCUGAGAAUAUGACCUACUUUUCCGUAAAACGAUGUUUUUAAAACCUUUUCCAAAACUUCUUCGUUACGGAUCCUAUCGAUCCUAAAUUCGAGUAAAAACGUCGAAAUAUUGUGGUUUAUGCACAACACACACGUAGAAAGGCGGCGUGUCGGCGGUGUCUGUCGGGGAAGUACCGUGAAAACAGAUCCCUCACUGCUGUCGGUUCGAACACGAAAAACAAAAAAAAAAAAAAAGGCUCGGUGUCUAUUUUCUAAUAUUCAAAUGUUCGCAGAGAAUAACAUUUUUGUAACCGGACGGUUGUAAAUUAUCAUUGUUCCGAGUUUGUUUUUGAAUUGUCUGUAUCCAUUAUACAUAGUGUGUAGCGGAAUAACGUAUAUAUACAUAUUAUAUAAGUACCUGUGCGACUGCAAACAAGGCUUAUCGUCUCGAGAUGUCGUUUAAAAUAUUCGUUCGAUUCUUCGUCGUGCACUCGGAAUGAUAUUCAAAGUCCGCACACGCCCCGGGGUUGCGCCGAGAAAAUCACCUAACCUACCGGGAAAACCCGAUCCGCUUCUAUAUUACAGUUCGGUGUCGGAUCCCCGCAGUGCAGUUUGUACUGGUAGUGUGUAUAGCGCGGUUUACAAUUCUGUACCCUAUACACGACUCGUGAAUAUUACUAGUGCACCGGUCUUAUGACCUGCCCCGAGCCGAGUUUUAUACGUUUUUUUCUCCAAAUGAGAUUUGCGAGAUCCGCGAUUUUAUUUCAGAACGGUCAAAUCGAGAUUUCCGCACCGUAACUAUUAUGUAGAGACUGAUUUUGGUUUUGAAAUCCAGAGCGAAAUUUCUGGUAGAAAAGUGGUUUUCACAGAAAAAAAACAGAGUUUUACCUAUUGUAAAACCAAUUCAUUCCUCGUUCGGCUCAGAAUCUAAAAAAAAUAGUUGACUUACCCAUGCUGCGGGCCAUUAAGAAUAAUGGCAUAUUAUAUUAUGUGAAUAAUAUACAUUACGGUUAGGUGAUACCGAUUACUCGCAAUAGUAACUUUGAGAAUAAUUAACCAAGUUUUAAGAAAUUGUCGGCAAUCACCGAGAAGAAAUCGUUUUUAAAAACAAACGGAGCGGACCGAAUAUUCGAUGGCCCGGAAAUAGAAUCGCGGACACUGAAAAAUACUUUCGAACUUUAAGCGAACGAAAUAUAUAUUUACUUUUUACAUUUUACGUUGCACGGACGGAUCUACCUUAUUAUUUAUUUGAAACGCAUACUUGAACACGAUAUCGCGAUCCUUUGUAUUAUUUUGUUUGUCGAUUAUUAUCGGUUCGGCGCGGCUUGUAUACACUUAUUGAUUUUGAGCGACGCUUGGAAUUUGAUAUGUUAUAGAAGUGUAUGUAUUAUAUAUAUUUUAAUUAAUUUUACAUAAAAAAAAAAAAAAAAAAAAAACGGUGAAUACAGUGUUGCAUCUGGUGUAGGUAAUAAGUACUCCGGGCACUCGACCAUUUGUAUAGUAUGUAUAUAAGUAGUGAAUUUAUUUGGUGUUAUCAUUUGCCAGACAAAAAAAUAAAAAUAAAAUAAUAAAAACAAGUAUAAUAUGUUGAACAGUUUAAUAGUUUUAAUUAAAAACAUAUCGUUAUAAUGAUUCGGUUCUAGCGGGUAACCUUUUCCAUCAGGCUAAUCGUCUUAGUUGGAGUGUGAGUUCUUUGAGCCAUUACAUUAUUGUCAGCGUCUUUAGCGAGAUUGUGCAAAUCGGUCAGGACGCUUCUAAAUGCGCAUUGGUUACGUCCGUUGAUUACCAGUUCGUUUGGCCGCUCCAAAUUUUCAUUUUUCUGAAUUUUUGAUGGUCCAUAUUUUGUUCCAUUCCUCUACCCGCAAUGGGUAACAUGACUGUUUAACACGGAUUUAUGUGUACUAAAAACUAUUAAAAUAUAUCAUAUUAUUAUAAUAUUCAGUGAAAAGGAUCGAAUAUAUAGUAAAAAAGUAAAAAAAAAAUACGCAAUAUACUCUAAAGAUUUGUGUACACAUUGUUUUUUUUUUUUUUUUGACAUUUAAAAGUAAAACUUUAAUAAACACGAUUUUAUAGACAGAUUUCUCGCAUUUUGUACAACUUAUGAAAACGGUCCAAUUUUUAAUGAUGGUCGAUUGUUAAUUUUAGUUGUUUAUUUGUUUACAGGUGAAGCACGAGAUGACGAGAUAAAAUUAAAACCGAACGCAAAACGUUACGAUUGUCCAGCGUGUUCGAAAGUAUUGUAUUUGACGCCUACUGAAAUGCUGAAACAUAAAAAAUCACAUUUGUAA